AGUCUUACAAAAUCACCCUGUCGUCCCAACAAACAUUUCGCCACCUUUCUUUCUCCGUCCUUCAUUAUUUCUUUCUUUCUUUCUUUCUUUCUUUCUUUCUUUUUCAAUUAUCUCACAAUUCUAAUUCUCAUUCCCAUUCUAAUCAUUCAUCGCUCCACCGCCACCACUCAACACCGAUGGCGCCUCGUCUCUGGUCCUGCUUCCGCCACAAGCACGCAGCCGGAUGCCGUGACGUCGACGGUGGCUUAGCGGAGGAGGAGGAGGAGGCGUUGACGGCUGUUGAUGGACCAGUGCUGGUGGAGAUGUUCACGUCGCAGGGAUGCGCGACGUCCCCGGCGGCGGACGUGGUGCUGUCGCGGCUGGGGAGGGGUGACUUCCAGCUGCCAGUGCCGGUGGUGCUGCUGGCCUUCCACGUGGACUACUGGGACUACGUGGGCUGGAAGGACCCCUUCGGCUCGAGCCAAUGGACCGUUAGGCAGAAGGCCUAUGUUGAGGCCCUUGGGCUUGACACGUUGUACACCCCACAGAUUGUGGUCCAGGGUCAGGCCCAACUCUCUGGAAAUGACGAUAUCGCCCUCGUCUCUGCCAUCACUUCUGCGCCUAGGUUCUCUGCUCCCACCUUCCAGGCAACUUUCAGUAGGCCUACAUCAUCUUUUCUGGAAGUCAGCCUAAAUGGAGCAUUGAUGACGAAUGUGGACAAUCAUGGAGCAGAUGUCAUGGUAGCAUUAUACGAAAGUGGUUUGGUUACGGACUGUCCUAGAGGGGAAAACAAAGGGCGUGUUCUGUCUAAUGACUAUGUUGUUAGAAAACUUGAAAAGCUCUGCACUGUGGCAGACCACCCUGCUAGGAAGAAAGUAUCAGGAAUGGUUUGUUUUUCCUUGUGGAAUACAUUCAACAGCACCAGGUGUGGCCUGGCAGUCUUUGUUCAAACCAAAUCACACCAAAUUUUUGGUUCACAGAGUUUUCUACUGCCAGAUGAUAUAUGACACUCUGUAAUAAUUAUUUAUGUAAUUUUCUGCUUACUAUCUUGUUCCGGUUCCAUUGUUAGGCUUAUAUAUUAUGUACAUCAUGUGUUCUAUUUUAGGAUAUCAUUUGUAAAAAAGAUUGAAAUUAAUUGUGUCUGAAAUAUAGCAUAUAGUUUGUUCCACAUGGUACAACACAACUUAAUAAAAGUUCCC